UCCAUUAUUUAUACUAGCAAGUAGUGACCACACACACAUAGAGAGAGAAAUAGGAGAUGGAGAAGGAAAUAAAACAGUCAAAAUUCAAAAAUAUUUGUGUAUUUUGUGGGAGUAGUGCUGGGAAAAGAAGCAUCUAUAAGGAGGCUGCAAUAGAGCUUGGAAGAGAACUAGUAUCAAGAAAAAUAGACCUGGUUUAUGGGGGAGGCGGCAUUGGAUUGAUGGGUUUGGUCUCUCAAGAAGUUCACAACGGUGGUCGCCAUGUCCUUGGAGUGAUUCCCAAGACAUUAAUGCCGAGAGAGAUAACUGGUGAAACAAUUGGAGAGGUGAAGGCAGUUGCAGAUAUGCACCAGAGGAAAGCUGAGAUGGCCAAACAUUCUGAUGCCUUUAUUGCUUUACCUGGUGGCUAUGGGACGCUAGAAGAGCUGCUUGAAGUCAUUGCUUGGGCUUAUCUUGGAAUCCAUGAUAAACCGGUAGGAUUAUUGAAUGUGGAUGGUUAUUACAAUUCCCUUUUGACAUUUAUUGACAAAGCAGUGGAGGAAGGAUUCAUCUGCCCUAAUGCCCCCCAAACUUUUGUAUCAGCUCCUAAUGCUAAGGAACUUUUAAAUAAACUCGAGGAGUAUUUUCCUAGUGACGAAAGUGUUGUCUCCAAACUUAGUUGGGAAAAUGAGGAGUUGGACUAUUCCUCCAAUUGCCAGAUAUCAUCAAGAUAGUUCCUCCAAGAUGGUUCUCCAUGUCACCUCAGAAGACUAAUUGUAGAACAAUCAGGCCAAUGCAACUUACUUUCAGUUAUUUUUCCUUACUUUUUGUUUUGUCCUAAGUUGGAAAUUGAAAUGAGCUAUAUUUCUCUCCAUUAUGGCCAAGUGUUAUUUUUUUUUACCCUUUAUAGGAGCUCCCAUCGUUUUACUUCUUUGGUGACUCGAACUCACGAUCUUAGAAAGUGAGGAAUGCUUUAUCGCCAAAUGUUAAUAAUGAUUAUCAUGGUUUUUAUA